UCUUACUUCAGACCCAAACACAAGUAUUACUCAUAUAUACAAACUCAUAAACCUGAGCUCUAAAUUCCUUUAAAACAAGAAGGAAACAUGAAGCUAUUCGCUCUCAUUUUGAGAACUAUUAUCAUAUCGAUAAUAUUUGAUCAAGCACCGAUCACCACUGAAGCAAGAAAGUUGAGGAAAACAACCGGCCAAGAUCAUUUCAAAGCUGGAUCUACAGAUGAGUUUGUGCCUACUUCUCCAGGAAACAGUCCUGGUUUGGGACAUAAAAGAGGUAAUGCAAAUGUUGAAGGGUUCCAAGAUGACAUCAAACCCACGGAAGGAAGAAAAGUUCAAAAAACCAGCGGCCAAGAUCAUUUCAAAACCGGAAUUGCAGACGAUUUCGCACCUACUUCUCCAGGAAGCAGUCCCGGGAUAGGGCAUAAGAAAGGACAUGCAAAUGUUAAAGGGGUUGAAGAUAACUUCAAGCCCACGCAAGGAAGAAUGCUGCAGAAAACGAACGGUCAGUCUCAUUUCAAAACCGGAUUGACUGACGAUUUCGCACCUACUUCUCCGGGACACAGUCCUGGGAUGGGCCACAAGAAAGGGAGUGCAAAUGUUGAAGGGCUUAAAGAUAACUUCGAGCCCACGGAAGAAAGAAAAUCGCCAAAAAUGGACGGUCAAGAUCAUUUUAAAACCGGAACUACGGAGGACUUCGCACCUACUACUCCAGGAAACAGUCCCGGUAUGGGUCAUAAGAAAGGAGAUGACUUCAAGCCUACGACACCAGGACAUAGCCCCGGAGUUGGUCAUGCCAUCAAGAACGAUGAGCCUAAAACUUAAUAGCUGCUAGCUUCAUUUAAUACAUUACACUACUAUAUGCAUUUUUGAAAUUAUUUUAUAAUAUAUACACAUUUGUAAUAUUUAAUGAUGGAUUCAUAAUUCCAAAUCAAGAAUAAACUAGGGAUAAUUUUUGUUUCGACUUAUCAAUAAUAAAACUGUUUUGUAACAUCCGAACUCUUGAUGUUGUAUGAGUUUGUAUGUUGAUAUUGUUUGUUGGUUCUGAUUUUUAAUCGUACUUGUUAUACCGUAAUGGUGACCGUUCGACCAAUUUGAGUUCACAUUGGAUUUUUGGGUUUAGUUUGGUAGGUUACAUUCGAAUUUAUAUAUGUUUGGGUUUGACUAAUAAUAUUUGAGGUUCGGAUAGUUUUUAUAAAUUUUAAGAUAUAUUCUAGAUCCAAAUUCAUUUCGGUUUGGUUAAUAAUAAUUCGGAGUCAUUACA